AUUCUCUCUCUCUCUCUCUCUCUCUCUCAAAUUUCAAAUUCCGUAUUUCUUGAUUCUCUGGUGAUAAACCUAAACCUCUGGUUUUGAUUUGCGGUUGUCGUUGUUUGCUACAUUAAUGGUGGUUUUGAUUUUUCUCUGAUCCGUUUUUCGCCGUGUGGUUUCAAUUUCUCCGGCUGUUUUUGUUCGCCGGCGCUCGGUAGAUUCGAUUCUAUACGAUUUGAGUUUUCUAUUUUUUUUUCCUUCCUUAGGUUUAAGAGUUUCCUUUUCUAUUAAGUUAACAAAAUUUUACCAACUACCAUUAAAUUUUAGAAACCUCAACGGCAAUAGCUUCAUCAACUCUUUCUCUCAAAGCGAAGCUCUUGUGUAAUUUCUGUGGAACAUUCGGAUGUAUUUGUUGUCGAGUAUGAUAAUGACGAAUAAUCUGGAGUUAUGUCUUUCGAUUUGUUUCAGUGAUUUUGAGCGAUUUUGAGGUCAAUUCGACGUUUAAUUGGAAAUUAGAGUGCAAUAUUGGGAUUUAGAUGGGGAUUGGUGAUGAAUCUAAAUGUGUUUUCCCCUUAACGAGUCUCCAGAUCGGAGACUUGCAAUCGUAUCUUUCUGAUCUCAGUAUUUUCCUGGGAAAUAAAAGUAAAAAGAUUUACAUAUUGGUGGACAACCGGCCAUGGUUGAAUCCUGGAACCAAAUCUGCUCAUUUCUGGCAAUUAAUGGUUACAAAGACUCUCUCCUUUCGCAAACACGAAAGUUCGAGGGGAGAAGAAAAAUCAGAAGCAGGAGGGGGAGAAGAAAAAGUCGAAGCCGAAGGAGGAGAAAAAGCCUAAAGAGGCUUGUUCUCAGCCCCAGCCGGACGAUAAAAAAAUGAAGAAGCUUAAGAAAUGGUUCUCAGUGAUAGAUGCGACAACAUUUUCGAAGAAGAAAUUACCUGCAAAGAAACUGCAAAGCUCUUUGUAUCUAAACAAGCAACUGCACAAGACCUUGUAUGGUUUCAUCGUGUUUGAAAUUGAAUGGGCUAAUGUGAGGGGUAUCAACUACUUAAAUGAGCUACAGACAGACACAUCUCUUGCUAUAGAAGCUAAGUUGAUGCGAAGGUGGGAGUUUGAGAGUAUCGAUCAAGCUGUAAAAAGCAUGUCUCAGUGGUUCUCGGGAUCAAAAGCUGAAAAGUCUUUCUUGAGGGAAUAUCUCGACUCGACUAUAGGAGAGGUUUUUCAUGACGCUGAAAUGGAAUUCUCAAAAACUUCUCCCUUUGAUGAUGAUGACAACCUCAGCAGCGACAAUCGUUCUGUUGAAAAUGACUCUCCUUGCUGCGCCAGAAGUGUCUUCAACGUUAAUCAUGCUGCUGUAGAUUAUGAUGAAAACGAGCCUCACACACCGCCUCUGACUGGACCAUACAAGAGAAGAAGAGUAACUAAGGCAAUCAGCACCGGAGUUGAAGUUGACUAUAUGGAGGAAACACCCAAAAGGAAAGAUAACUCGGUAGACCACUGGGAAAGCCAUGUACCUGAUUGUGAGAAUAUCACUGAAGCAACGCAGUAUAAGGAUGUACUAGUUCUUGUUAAGUGUGGUGACCGUGAUCUUCCUUUUAAAUUGCGAGAGGUUAUAAUGGCUGACAUACGCUUGCUUACUUUACUUGAAGCUGGUCUCCCGUCCUGGGUCUUGUUUCUGCAGUCUUAUCCCGGUUUCUGUCAUCUUUAUCGACCCUGGAUGUGCCUUCUCGCCAGAGCAUUAUAUGUGAUGAUAUCUGUCAUCACUGUUGUGAUUGGUUUUUAUGACCUGUACAAAAAUGUCCCCGUUCUGAAGGCUACUGCAGCUCGGUUAUGUGGGCCACUCUUUGAUUGGGUUGAAACAUGGGACAUGGUAUCACGGAUAAAGUACUUGGGAACGAUGUUGUUUCUUCACAACUUCCAGAAAGCUGUCAAGUGGGCUCUGACUAUGGCACGUGCUAUGCAGUCAUUUGUUUCUUUUUGCAUAAUGCCUCUGGUAAAUCCUCUCUUAGAAGUUCUUGGUUUGCUCCUACCAUUAUGGAAUUCGUUGGCGGAAACAGUGGCGAGCUUGGUUUCCGUGGUUUGGAUUGUGAUUGAAUCUGGUUGCAAUCUCGUUGGUGAUGUGGUAGAGUUGGUGCUUUUGCCCAUUUGGUUUAUCGUCUCACUAGUUUGGAACCUCACAAAUACUGUUUUACUGCCUCUUUUCUGGAUCAUAUGGGAAGUGGUAUAUGCACCGAUCAGAGUGGUUGCUGCAUUGGCCAACUGUUUAGCUGUUUCCUUUUCAUACAUAUUCGAUGUUAUUGGAGAUUUAUGGAGGUAUAUGAGCAGUAUACUUCAGCUUGCAUCAGAUUCUCAAGCAGCUGUGAAGACUUAUGAAGUCUCCAUGUGGCGUACUCUUUGGAACGACCUCUUUUCUCAUGUAUUUCGUGCUGUCAGGAGUAUAUUGAACGGUUUUGUGGCCUUCUUUGCUGCCUGUAACAGACAUCGGCUUAGUACAUAUAAUCACAUACAAGAGUUAAUCCAGAGAGUACAUGGACGAACCACGAGAUCAGAAUCUAUAGACUCAAGACAUGGCAUGUCUGCUAAGAACAAUCAACGUACAGGAGACGAAACGAGACGGAAAUUGCACCUUGCAUAGAAGUCAACACGAAAAUCUUAAUUCUUUUGAUUUGUUUUCUUACCAGAGUAUAUGAUAGGUUAGGGUAUAGAUAGAUAGGUGCCAAGAAAGAUUGUCCCAAAUCAGCCAAAUGAUGUUGUAUAUAUAGGAAAGAAAGCAAUCACACACGCACUCUUCUUGCAAAUCUCAUAGUGUGUCUUCCUCAGAAUUGGUAAGUUUUGGAUAUAACAACAAAAUAAAAAAAAUGAGAGAGAGAGCAUUUUUAUGAUUUUGUAAAGAAUGUAAUUAUAACUAAUGUUAUGGAAACGACUUUAGAUAACAUUGUUGAGUUGUUGAUGACGAAA